CUCAACUGAGCAGAGUAUCCACCAUGACUCUGAGCCGUAUGGUUUUCAAACCUCUAAAUCAACUCUCCCAUUUUCUACUCAACGUUUCCUCCAUAACCCACUUCACAAAUCGCCAUUACUACUCAUCUCUACCCUCACACAAUCUCGAAACAGUAAACAAACUCAUACAUAUCUUCACACACCAACACCCCUCAUCACCAGAACUAACCACCUUUGGAUCCAUUCUCACAACCAAUAUAGUCGAAACAGUCCUCAAAAGCUUCAAGAAUUGGGAAACAGCGUUCAAGUUCUUCAAUUGGGCAUCAAAUCAAAGUGGGUAUACUCACAAUUGCUAUACUUACAAUGCCAUGGCUUCUAUCCUAUCAGGUGUUCGACAAAAUGCCGCAAUGAAAAGUUUAUGUUUUGAUUUGAUUAAUUCACGGUGUUAUGUCAGUGCGGGUGCUUUAGGUUAUUUUGUUAGGUGUUUGGGUGGGUUAGGGAUGGUUACUGAGGCUAAUGAAGUGUUUGAUCAUGUUAAGAAAAUGGGCUGUGUGGUGAAUGAUUAUAGCUAUAAUGCCUUGUUGGAAGCUGUUUCGAAGGCGGGUGCGGUUGAGUUAAUGGCUGUGAGGAUGAGUGAGAUGAGGGAUAACGGGUGGAAACCGGAUAAGUAUACGUUGACAUCUGUGUUGCAGUGUUAUUGUAGGGCUGCAAUGUUUGAGAAAGCUUUGGAUGUGUUUGAACAGAUUGAUGAAUGUGGUUGGGUUGAUUCGUAUGUUUUCACGAUCUUAAUCGUCUCGUUGAGUAAAGCGGGUGAGGUGGAUAAAGCGAUCCGGUUAAUCGACAAGAUGGGUGAGUUAAAUAUAAGUUUGAAUGAGAAGACUUUUUAUGUUUUGAUUCAUGGGUUUGUGAAGGGUGGGAAAGUAGAUUAUGCUUUAAACCUGUUGAAAAAGAUGCAAAGUUUCGGUUUUGUACCAGGGAUUUCGCUCUAUGAUGUUGUCAUUGAAGGGUUUUGUAAACAAAAAGAGUUUAAAAAAGCGUUUGAAUUGUACUCGCGGAUGAAUGAAACGGGUAUCCAUCCUGACGUUAGCAUAUUCAAGAUUCUCAUAUCGUCGUUAUCGGAUGAGGAAGAGAUGAUGGUGUUACUCAAAGAGGCAAAAGAUCAUGUCAAUAAGAAAUCUAUGAUUAUGCUACUUAAUACUGCUUUGACUAGUCUGGUCAAAGAUGGGUCAACUGAUAAAGCCCAUCACCUCCUUAAAGCAACCAUGAACGAUGAUGAUGAUGAUGGUGAUGGUGAUGACGCUUUCAAGAUUCAAAAUCUUGUUACGUUAGAUGCAUCGUCUUUUGGAAUCGUUAUCGACGGUUUAUGCCAAAAAGGCGAGUUAGAACUGGCCCUAAACCUCUUCAACAGUAUGGAUCAAAUCGGCUGUAAAAAAACUUUGCUUGUUUACAACAAUUUGAUUAACGCUUUCAGCAACGCAAACGAAGUGGAAAAGUGCCACGAGCUUCUCAACGAGAUGAAAACGAACGGUUUUCCACCGUCACAAUUCACACACAACGCUAUAUUCGGAUAUUACUGCAAGAUUGGCGAUGUAAACGGUGCGGUAAACAUGCUUCGUGAAUUGCAUACUCACGGGCAUCAACCGUGGAUUAAACAUUACACUUUGCUUGUGAAAAAACUAUCCGUAAAUCGAAAAGUGGCUGACGCAAGUAGUUUUCUGACAAUGAUGACGGAAGAAGGUUAUUUUCCCGAUAUGAUUGCAUAUUCUGCGGUUAUCAACGGUUGGUUAAAGAUCGGAGAAGUCGAUUAUGCGUUAAAAAUGUUUAGGGAUAUUUCGGCUAACGGGCGUUGCCCGGAUGUAGUUGCGUAUAAUACCAUCAUAAACGGUCUUUGCAAAGACAAACGAAUGUCAGAAGCCCGUGAUAUUUAUGAUGAGAUGUUACGAAAAUCGCUUGUUCCGUCUGUUGUGACGUACAAUUUACUGAUAGACGCGUAUUGCAAAACCGGUGAAGUUGAUCAGGCUGUUUGUUUCUUCUCGAUGAUGAGUGAGAAAAACCGAAACCCUAAUGUGGUUACGUAUUCUACGUUGAUUGAUGGAUUGUGCAAUGCUGGAAAAUCCGAUGAAGCGUUGUUAAUUUGGAACGAAAUGGUCAAAGUUUGUCAACCGAAUAAAAUAGCUUUUAUGGCUCUUAUUAAUGGCCUUUGCAAAUGUCGGAAGCCAGAUGUGGGAUUGGUUUAUUUUGAAGAAAUGGAAGAGAAGAAUAUGAGGGCGGAUACGUAUGUAUAUGUGACGUUAGUAGAUGCGUUUAUUUCUUUGUCGAACGCACCCAUGGCUCUUUGUAUUUUAAGAAAGAUGAUACAGAACGAACGUGUUCCAGACUCUCUUGAUAAGAAUUGUGCUGUUUUACGUGAAGCGUUGGUCAAACUGUUGGAUGAUGCGUUGACUUCUUCGGAGAUCAAGUCUCUUAUUGAAGAUGGUAGUGUUCCAGUUCAUUUGUUAGAAACAGGUGGAAUCUUGAAUUCAUAAGAUGAGAUUUUAACGAAAUCGUUAGCCGAAAAUUGUUUAUCGGCUGAAAAUGUUAAGCGUUGUAAAACUGUAUAUAAACAAUAUCCCAUUUUUGGAGCUCGUUUUGAAGGAAUACUUAGCUUCAGGUUGAAAUGCCAAUUGUCUUCUUCAGGAUUCAGAUGCAGGCCUGGCUACAGGUUCAUUUGUUAUAAUUCCAACUACAAAUGCAUAUUGAUAGUCUCUUAAAUAAUAGUUAGUAUAGUUCAGAUCUA